UCAGAAGUCAUACAACAAACAUGUCUCGCUUCACCGCUAUUAUCGCACUCGCCUUGGUCUGCCUCUUUGGUCUCGCUCAAGCCGAUCCCUUUUACUUUGGAAUUUGCUCUUGCUUUACACCUUCAUACGAUGCUUCUUGCUGUAUCCUUGCUCAAGGCUCCAUGAGUGAAAAUGUUUGCAACACAGGAGAUGGAAAUGCCACCAUUGUUGCUUAUCAGAACUGCUGCGCAGGUAGUGGAGGUAAAUCGAAGUGCAAGACCGGAGCUCGUGCUGAUGGCAUUCGUCCUUAUUAUGAGGGAGAAUACAACUGCACUUCCAACCCUACUAUCACUCCUUAAACCAACAAUGUAUAUUCGCAAUAAACAUAAAUUCCAACUAAACGUUGGAGUAAAAUUAUACCUUACACGUAGUACUUCGGCUGGCAGAUCGUCUGCCCAGUAAGCGAAAGUCCAGUUUACAUGUC